AUGAUCGUGCCCAUCGAUACAACCGUCGAUCCUGAAAUUGACGUGCCCCUCGAUUGGUUGUAUAAAGCAAAAAGACAAUCAAAAUCAAAGACUUCAAAGGUACUCAAAUCAAUCGAAAAGCAAAGACAACAACAACGUGCCGCUACUACUACCGCUGAAGCUUCUCCUCUAGAUGCAGCGCCUCCUACUAGUCCACAGAGGCAACGUUCAAGAUCGUCUUCUUUGUCAAGUGCUUUAAAAACAACAACUACGACGACAAUGACAAAAAUCAAGAGAAGCAAUUCAUUGAAUGAAAAACCAAAAAAAUCUUCUCUAUUUGGUUCUCUCUUUGGUAGAAGAUCAUCUUCUGUGACUGCCUCUCAACAACCACGUCAUCUUUCCAAUGAUUUAACGAAGAUAGACUCCGAAACCAUAACAUCCGAUUUUACCACUCUUGAAAGUACACCAAUAUACUUAGACACAUUUGAUACGAGUCCUGAAUCAGAAUCAUCAGCUGACUCAUCGCUCAUUGAAAAACUAUCAAAGACUCCCCUACAUAGAGUCACUUUUGCUGUCGAUAAAUUUGAAAAUGACCCUCCACAACAAUUACCUUCAAGAAACCCAAAAAUUGGUAACAUUCUCAUCCCAAAUGAUAUGAUCAGUAAAGUGCCUUCAAUUUGUCUAGGUAUAGCCAAUUCUACAAGUGCCAAAGACGGCAAACCAACUUUUAUCACUAGUUCAAAACCAAAAUAUACAAAAGAUUCCAUAGAAUAUAAAGUUGCAUUGGAAAGACACAAUAAAUUUCUUAAAGAAGCAAACAGGCAUCAAGAGGAAGCUCAUCAUACUGCAGAAAGGACUGCCCAAGAAGUUAGAAUCUAUAGAACUACUAAUGUUAACACCACAAAAAAUAAUGAUGCAUCUCUCUCCACUAUAGAAAGAAAAAAUAUUAAUGAAAUUGAAAUUGAUAAGCCCAUCCAUAUGCAUGAAUAUCAUUUUGGCAAAGAUGAAGAAUCCAAAUUACCAUUACAUAAGAUCACCUUAGAAACUAUAUAUACACGCUGCUGCCAUUUAAGAGAAAUUUUACCAAUACCAUCUAGUUUAAAACAGGUGAAAGGUAAGACUGGCCCCUUAGAGGUGUUAAAAUUUUUAAAUCCUAAACCUACUUUGGUUGAUAUCCUAUCAUUCUGUGAUUUUAUUGCAAUAGUACCUAUCUAUACCAUCAUUUUUGAUAAUGUCCUCUUAACUUCAGAAAUGUUUCAAAUUGUAUUAAAAUCACUAGUAAAUUCUAAAGUACUACAAAAACUAGGUUUAAGAAAUGUCGUCAUAAAUAAAAAUGAUUGGAAACUUCUUUGUCAGUUUUUAUUGCAUAACAAAUCAUUAAUAAAAUUGGAUAUCUCACAAACAAGAGUAAGAACCGAAUCUGAUUCCUCAAGUCAUCGUGAAAAUAUGGAUUGGAUUUUAUUUGCUCAAGCAUUGCAACAUAGAGAUGGUGCACCGUUAGAAGAAUUAUUAUUAAAUGGCAUCAAAAUAAGCCAAGUUCCAAUCGAACAUUUAAAGGGUGUCUUGACAACAAUGUCAGAAAAGGCACAAACGAGUAGUGUUACAAAUGGAUUAAGGCUGGGAUUAGCAGCAACUGAUUUAAACCAAAGCCGCCUUGAUAUUGUGAUGGAUUGGAUGUUAGACGACAAGGUGCAGGGAGUCGAUUUGAGUUUCAACAACUUACAAGAUCUUAUGAGACCCAUGAUUUAUAAACUAUCAUUCCAAUCUUACAACCAUUUGAUGUAUUUCACUUUAAACAAUACAGCAAUCACAAAUGUUAAUGACACAGUGCUACUAUUGAAAUAUUUAUCCAAGCUAGAAAAUUUACAAUUUUUGGAUCUUAGUAACCUGUCAAGCAUUUUCCCAGAGAUCUUCCCUUAUUUAAAUAAAUAUUUGCCAAGAUUCCCCAAGCUAAAACGUAUUCAUUUCGAUCAAAAUUCACUAACUUAUAGACAAAUCAUUGUACUUUGCAACAUUUUGGUAAAAUGUAAAGGAUUAUACCAUAUAUCACUAUUAUCAACUCACCAGGAAUCUCCAUCUGAAGAUGAAACCACAGUACUUCCUGAUGCACCAGCAUUCAGUGCAACCGCAUUAUGGACAGCACUUUAUACAAUGGCGAGGGAUUUGCCCAAUCUAUUAACUCUCGAUAUCAACUAUGAUAAAAUACCAGAGGAGAUGCAAAGUAGAAUAGCAUUGGGUUUAAUGAGAAAUAUGCAAAGGGCAGUCGAUUCGAACUUCAAAAUUGAUGAUUUAUCUUCUCAAGAUGAUUUACUAUUUGAUGGUUCAUUAUUGACAGAGACAGCUGAUGAAGUAUUGAAAAAAUUCAAUGGAAAUGUUGCUUCAUUGACUUACAGUAAGAAAGAAGAUGCAACCAAAAAAUAUCUAUUGAAAAAAUACUUCGAAAAAUUGAAUGGGACCAUUUUUAAUAUUCAAGAGACAAUCGAUUCCAUAGUAGAGAAACGUAAAAAUGAUGAAUUGACAUCAAAAGAAAAGGAAAAUCUAUUAAGAUUACUGCUGUUAAAGAAGAAUUUGAUUAACAUUUUGGAGAUAUUCUCACACAUACCAAAUUUUGCUGAAGUGACGAGCCAAUUGUCAUUAGCUGGUACACACGCUGCGUCAUCACCACAACCCGUUAGGCCUGGGAUUAAACGGAUUGAUUCUGAUAGAUUGCUAUGGCAAGUUGGGAAUAUUGAAGCAGAUAGUGAACUACGUGAAUCAAGGCCGCAUGUUAUGGCUACUGAUUUGAAUGCCGUUAUUGAUAUUGAUACGGGGAAACCUGUGUUAUUUAGAACCCAGUCUUCAACUUCAGUUGCUGGUAAGAGACAAGAGGAAGAAGAAGGUGAGUUACAUAAAUGGGGUACAUUUCUGCAACAAAAUGACGGAAAAGCGAGUAAUAUGUUCAAUGAUACCGUUUCAAAAUUUCAGUAUGAUAGCAGUACUGUGAUUAACGAAAUGAUACCAGAAUCGCCUCUUUAUGAAAACGAGAAUAGUAUGAUGCAGCGCGAUUUCACAUCGAGCUCACCAAAAAUUUUAACUAAAAUACCCACUGGAGAAGAACUAAGAAAUGCUAUAAUCAAAACUAAAGGAAUUGACUCAAUUGAUGAGCUGAUUCAAAAUGUUGGUGAGAAUAACCGUGAAUUGGAAAACAUAUACGACCUCGCUCUCAAUUUAAAUAGUUCCAGUAGUCAAAGAGAUGAGGCACCCAGAUCAUUGACCGUGGAGACCCGGCAGAAUAAACACUUGGAGACAAUUUUGCAGGACGACUUAUCUCACGUACAUAUCUAA